AUGUGCUACACCGAGUAUUGCAAAGGAGAAACCAGGAACAUCGUAGUUGUAGGUUCUCCCCAUCCACCUACAGUUGUAGGUUCUCCCCAUCCGCCUACAGUUGUAGGUUCUCCCCAUUCCCCUACAGUUGUAGGUUCUCCCCAUUCACCUACAGUUGUAGGUUCUCCCCAUCCACCUACAACUGUAGACUUAUCCCCCUCCCCAGUGUAA